AUGGAAGGUUGGAGUGGAGUUCUGAGAGUCCCACUUCACCCUGACAGCAGGACAUUCCAUAGGGUUGGUGCAUCACUCUACCUUUCUCCAGAAUCCAAAACAAUAUUUGAAGGGACUAGUAACCCCGUGAUUGAAAGGCUAUCAAAUUUACAGAAACUGUCUGAAAUUGUUGUGUCCAAAUUUGGUUCUUCCAUCAAUACUAGGCAUCAGCGAUAUUCAUUGUGUGAUGAUUUUGGUCUGAACACUGUUGGGGCCUACCUAACUAACAAUGAUGUGUUUGAGAGACUCAUGCAAGAAGCUCCUCAACUUGUUUUAUCCUUCAUGGAACACCAAGACAAUGGAGUGACAAGCGACUUACAUUAUCCUGAUAAUUGUGACAUUUUUCGGUGGACUAGAAGCACUAACUUGCGUCUGGAGAAAUCUAUGGAUUUCAUAAAGCCGCAGGCUAGGCUCACCCUACCAUUUGGGGUUGUGGAGGAAGUAGCCUGCCGUUCCAAUCAAGCUAACGUGUUCCAAUCACAAACCCAGCCUAGGAAGGCACAGUGCUGUUCCAUCAAAUUAGGGCUCCCACUUGGGUCACAAGCUGAAGUGACUCAACUCAGCAAUCCACCACCAUUAUGCUCCAAGAAUGCGGAGUUACAGCUCCUCUCCUGA